UCUAAGAAUUACUCUUAUUGUUACUUAAACUAUAUUGGUGAUGCUACUAUCCUACUCUAUUUGCAGAUAAAGCUCGGUGGACUUGCAGGCCUACUUCUAAGAUGGCGGGCCAGUGUCUACAAACUCCUCUGGCGUGAGAUGAUUGUCUUUAUUCUCUUCUACACGGUCGUCAGCCUCAUCUACCGGUUCGCGCUCGUUGGAUCGGACGAUGUCAAAAUAGGCUUCGAGAAGCUGGCCAUUUACGCUUACGACUACACCAAAGUGUUCCCUAUAAGUUUCGUGCUGGGUUUCUAUGUUACCGUUGUCUUUGAUAGAUGGUGGAUGCAAUUCAAAUCGAUACCCUGGCCAGACCGGGUGGUGUAUAAUGUCUCCGCUCAUGUACUUGGGAACGACGAGGAUGGGAAGAUAAUAAGGAGAACAUUAGCUCGUUAUGUCAACCUAGCAGCUAUACUGGUAUACAGGUCUGGGAGCAAGAGGGUUAAGAAAAGGUUCCCAACUCUUGCGCAUCUUGUAGAGGCAGGUUUAAUGACUGAUGAUGAGAAGGAUAUAUUUAAGAACCUAGGCACAGAGAAUCCUAAAUACUGGGUACCUUGUGCUUGGUUUGUCAAUCUAUGCAGAAUGUGUCGCAAACAAGCCCGUAUUAUCAGUGACCCGGCCAUGAAAACAGUCGUAGACGAGCUGAACAACUUCCAGAAUAAAUGUUUCGAGCUCUAUGGUUACGACUGGAUUGUAGUCCCACUAGUUUAUACUCAGGUUGUUACAAUAGCAACAUAUAGUUACUUCCUAGCUUGUCUUUUCGGUCGCCAGUAUUUGGACCCGUUGAUGGGAUACGACGGGCAUACCAUUGAUGUCUAUGUGCCAGGGUUCACCAUCUUAGAAUUCGUCUUCUAUGUUGGAUGGUUAAAGGUGGCGGAGAACCUCAUGAACCCGUUCGGCGAAGACGACGAUGAUUUUGACAUGAACUGGAUCGUUGAUAGGAAUAUUGAGACAAGCUUCAUGGUCGUAGACGAGCUUUAUGAAGUCAGCUUACCCAUAGUUCGUGAUCGUCACUUCUCAACCCGUCAUCCAGAUAUCCCUUAUACAAAUGCUGCGGCGAAGCAGAAGGGAAAACCCUGGCUAGGUUCGGCUAGUAAAGUCAAAUUAUCACGCCAACAGAUGGCGUUUACCAACAUGCCGAACAAGGUGUUUACAGAAGAUGACGAAGUCAUAACAAGCAGUCUCAACAAGAAGCGUGGAGAAACACCAGGCAAAACCGGUACCAACAAUGGAAGUUUGAGCAAAGUGAGCAAAAGUGGUGGUGGAAAUGGCCACGCUUCUUCUAGUAACAAUCAUGGCUUGGAAGAAAAACGAAGUAGAAGUAGAAGUAGCAGUAGAAAUGAAGGAUCUACUCCUAGAGUGAUACACAGAACAUUGAGUCAUGAAGACUCGCAGUACGACCACUAUGCAUCCAUUCCCAACACACCACAAAUACCUCAAGCUGACUACGAAGCCGUUACUCGACGGGGGCAGUCGGCCACGCGCGGCAGUAAUCAUGGCAACAAGUACAGUGGUGAACCGGAAGUACACCGCAGGCUUAGCAAGUCGACGGAAGAACGAAAGCGACUAGCGAGCGACCGUCAGCAAGGGAGACUUCGAAAUAAUCAGUCUCUUGAAAGAGAAGGAAACUAUAGCUCGGGACAUGAAAGGGCUGGUAGUAGUGCCGGCAGUGGUAGCGGUGGUGGUGGUGGAGGGGGUAAAAAUAUUGGUGGUGGAGGUGAUGGUGGGAACUACCAUCGAUCGAGUAGUCAGGAAAGAGGAGGUAACUAUCAUUCAACGCACGAGAGGAAUAGUAACUACCACAAUGGGUAUCAUUACGAUGAUUACCAAGGCCCUGGGAGCAGCGAUGGACGUCAAGUACCAGACGACGUGAAGGAAUGUCGGGAUCGGGAUGUCGAUGGGGUGAUCGACGCUCGAGAUGUCGACAUCAAUGCUCUCAACGAGUCCAUCAUUUGACAACGUGUGCGUCGCGUGACUAGGGACUAUAUUCUGAUUUAACAUUACAAGGGUUAGUGUGUGAAGAAAGAAAGAAAGAAGGCAUCUAUAUAAGGAUUGUAAACGAUUUUGGGAAGAUUAUAUUCUUACGAUGACAAACAAAUUGGAAAAAAGUUCCAUAUAAUUAUGAUGUAAACAAAUUCUUCCUAAAGUAUAAGAAAACAUGCAGCGAUAAAACAUAUCUAUAUAUACAUGUACAUGUCAUAUUCUGCAGGCUUGAUGUACUUAAUAUUCAAAUAUCACAAACUCUGUAUACUCAAUAACUAUUUGUCUUCACCCUUUGGUUGUGAUCACUUUAAAACAAGCAGGAAAUAUUUCAUCUAUUUUAUCAAAAACUGGUACAGCUAAUUUGAACCACUCGUUCCAUUUUUGUGCAGGUCUGACUCGAUCUUUCAUGUCAAUUGUGCAUUUUCUUCCAUUCUUUUUUAUUCUUCAGACAAUAUGAUUAAAAAGCGCCGCGAAAAAAAAAAUCGUUUCUUUGCCUACUUUUGGAGGGGAUCGCAAACAAGAAGGAGUAUGAUCAUUGGCCCUGCCCUGGUGGGGCACUAAGAAGCCAUUCUUACGGAUAGCAUCACUCGAAAUGAGUGGAGAAAAGAAAGAAGUAUAUAAAAGGAGACAUCAGACUAGUUAUGCGAUGUGCACAUUGUUCAAUCAAAAGCGAUAAUUGAUUAUUUAUAGAAUUAAUUUGCAUUAUUUUUGUCUUGUUGUAUACGGUGCAAACUGAUUUAAGGUGCGAUGAUUAUGUUAUGAGUUAUCUUUGCCAUUCUUUGUCUAGACCUAGUAUUUUGAAAUAUCUUAUUGAGUUUUGAUGUUAUGUAUCGUUGUUAGUAUUUAUUACGUUGAUGAUUAUACAAUACAAAUUGUAUGGCUUUUAGUAUUGAAUUGCAACGAUCUUUCUCGCAUUUUCAUUGGAAAUGAUUAUGUGACAAUAAUAACCGUCCAGCAGCAAAUAAGUAUGUAUGUUUUCAUCAAUAUGCUUGGUCAUUAGAUGAUGGAUCUUAAUUUUCUUCAUUU